AUGAUCGACUACUCCGUGGUGCCUGGCACUGGAAUCUUGGUCGACAGCCAAAAAGACAAAGAUCACGAAGUCAUCCUCAUCCCCACACCAUCCGAUGACCCCAACGACCCAUUAAACUGGUCACCUAACAGAAAGAGACUCCACAUGUUCUGCAUUGUCGUUUACGUUUUUGCCGUCGGAGUCCCAGGUACUUGUAUUUACUCCAUUUUGCCGGAGAUCUCCAAAGGCACAGGCAUCAGCUUGGGAGACCUCAAUGCCGGCACUGGGUACUCGUUCUUGUUCAUGGGUUUGGGCAAUAUCAUAUUCCAGCCUUUGGCGUUGCAAAUCGGCAAAAGGCCCGUUUACCUUCUUUCUUGUCUCGGUGGACCGUUUUUCAAUUUGUGGCAGCCGUAUGUCACUUCCAACGGUGAGUGGAUAGCGUCCAAGAUUCUCUCGGGUCUCUUCAACUCACCCAUUGAGGCCUUACCGGAACUUUCCAUUUCAGAGGUUUAUUUUGAACACGAAAGAGCCACUUAUAUGGGAAUCUACGCCGUGUCGCUUUAUGCCUCCAAUUAUAUAGCGCCGUUGGUGGCUGGUUUCAUCAACGAGAACCUGGCAGACAGCGCUGUGGGAGGAUGGAAAUGGGUGAUUUUCUGGUCGAUCAUUUUCGCCAGUGUCAGCUUUGUUUUUCUUUUCUUUUUCAUGGAGGAGACCACCUACGAAAGAAAACUCAAGGUGGCCAAGGACCAGUCUGGAGAGACCUUGGCUGUGGUGACUUCUGGUGGUCAAUGGGAGAAAACGAGGCCUGUUGUUACCGUCAACUCCAAAUCGUCCCUGUCUGAUAAAGAGCUUUUGCAAGCCGUCACAAACAUUGGAAAUCAGGCGGAAUUGGUCUCGGUGGAUAAUGCUCCAGAAUACAAGCCCACCAAAACGUUUAUCCAGAAACUCUCCCUCACGCUGGGCAUCACCAAAAAGUUCUUGAUGUGGGAAUUCAUCAAAACCACCGUUUACAUGUUCCGCUACCCCAUCGUGCUCUGGUCCGGUUUUCUCUAUGGCUCCACGCUUAUUUGGUACACUGUGCUCAAUGCAACCUCAGCUAUGGUCCUCAGUGCUCCACCAUACAACUUCUCCAGUGCCAUGUGUGGAUUGGCAUAUGCUUCUCCGUGUGUUUUCACCGUCCUUCUAUACUUUUACGCCGGCUGGGUCGUCGACUGGUUGAAGGUGAAAAUCGCCAGAAAAAGAGGCGGAAUCUCUGAAGCUGAAGACCGUCUUUGGGCUUUGAUUCUUUAUAUGAUUUUGGGCCCUGGUGGCCUAAUAUUAUGGGGAGUUGGCGCUUAUCACGGCAUCCACUGGUUUGGUGUGAUUAUAGGCUUUGGAAUCACAGCUGGUUUGUGUAUCCUUGGUACUGUCAAUGCCGUUACUUAUGUGGUGGAUUGUUACCAUGAAGUUUCUGGUGAAGCAAUUGCAGCGGUUGUGAUUAUUAGAAAUUGUAUGAGUUUCGCUGUCAGCUAUGGUAUCACGCCGUGGGUCGAAAACCAAGGCUUGCAAAACACCUUUAUUGCUGCUGCGUUCAUCUGCUUGUUCUGUAUUGGAACUUUCUUUGUCAUGAUGGCAACCGGCAAGUACUGGAGAACCAAAUCGGGCUCUCUGUACUGGGCUUUGGUCGAAAAAAGAAGAGGUAUGGGUAUCUACCACUAG